AUGAACCUGUACAAACUUCACCAUUUGAUAUGGUUUUGCGUAGUUUUUGGAAUUAUUUGCAAUAUACUUGUUGUCUUGAAAAUUUCACGAGACGCUAGAAACUUUAAAUGCUUUCAAAAAAUUCAAAAAGUUGUGGAAAAGCUAUUGUUAUUGCAGUUUGUGGAACCGAUUUACGUAUCAGAAGUAAUUGAGAAGGAGAGCCCAGAAAUUCCAGAAAUUUAUAACAAAUCUCUUCAAACUAUGCUGUUCUCAUUUGUGACCGAUGGAAUUGGAAACAAACUUUUCGAGGUGAUUUCUCUGCUAGGAAUUGCAAAAACUCUCAAAAGGCGACCUGUGAUAAACGCGACCAAUCCAGACUAUAUGCAAGUUUUGUAUGCGGAUAUUCAACCACUUUUUCCUAAAUUAGUGGAGCAAUUCAGCCUUGAGUUGAUUCCAGACCACUUCAUUACCCGCGAGAGAAUCAGCUGGGGCAAAUGCUGCAUGUUCGAUGAUCCGAAGAAACUUCAAUCCCUCAAAGAUCAGUACCUCAUUCUGGAAGGCCAUUAUUUUCAGAGCUACAAGUUUUUCCACCAUUUACGUUCUCAAAUCCGUGAUUGGCUAGCUCCGAGUAAACGUAUGGCACUGAAAGCAGCGGCAGUGAUUCCUGAAAAAUCUAAAAAUGAUUUCAUAAUCUGCACUCAUAUACAUCGUGGAGAACCGCCAUACAACAACCAUCGGAAGCCUUCGGAUCCUCGAUUCACACGAGUAGCUACUGAAUAUCUAGUUGAUAUUUAUGAAAAGUCUCAUUCAAGGAUUUCUGUAGUAGUACUGGGUGAUGAUCUGAAUUUUGUGAACGAAGUGUUUACACAAUCAAUUAAAUCCAACACAUCAAGUUAUACGGUGAUAACAGUGCCAAUUCUGAAACCGGAAAUCGAUUUAGCAAUAAGUCGAAUAUUUUGUGAUGUCUUUCUGCUGACAGCACCAACGUCAACGUUCGGCUGGUGGCUGGCGUACUUGGCUAAAAAAGAAGCUGUAAUUUAUUAUAGGGAUAUUGAAGAUUCCAAAGAUGAAGUGCUCCGAGAGCUCGAGCCAGUAGAUUACUACCCAAAGGAGUGGAGGACUUUGAAAACUGACAAGGAUGGAUCAAUACGUUUGUAG